CAUCGUCUAUCUAGUCGGACGAGAAUAGAAAUCUAGUUGGUGAAAACGAAGUAAUAUUAAUAAUUUAGUAAAGUAAAAAUGAGGGAAAUAGUGCAUAUACAAGCUGGACAGUGUGGAAAUCAAAUUGGUGCCAAGUUUUGGGAGGUGAUCUCUGACGAGCACGGAAUCGACCCCACGGGGACAUACCACGGCGAUUCAGACCUUCAGCUGGAGCGAAUCAACGUUUACUACAAUGAGGCCACCGGGGGGAAAUAUGUACCCAGGGCCAUCCUUGUGGACCUUGAACCGGGGACUAUGGACUCCGUGCGGUCGGGUCCCUUUGGACAAAUCUUCCGCCCUGACAACUUCGUGUUUGGACAGUCGGGCGCAGGAAACAACUGGGCAAAAGGACAUUACACUGAAGGAGCCGAAUUAGUGGAUUCCGUUCUUGAUGUUGUCAGGAAAGAGGCAGAAGGCUGCGAUUGUCUACAGGGCUUCCAGCUCACCCACUCACUUGGAGGAGGCACUGGAGCGGGACUGGGAACUUUAUUGAUCUCGAAGAUUCGAGAAGAGUAUCCCGAUCGCAUCAUGAAUACAUUCAGCGUAGUGCCGUCACCGAAGGUGUCUGAUACUGUCGUUGAGCCCUACAACGCCACCUUGUCCGUGCAUCAGCUGGUGGAAAACACUGACGAAUCUUACUGCAUUGAUAAUGAAGCGCUAUAUGACAUCUGCUUCAGAACUUUGAAGCUGACUACGCCUACGUACGGGGAUCUUAAUCACCUCGUUUCUGCUACAAUGUCUGGCGUCACCACUUGCCUCAGAUUCCCCGGUCAAUUAAAUGCUGAUUUGAGGAAGCUUGCAGUAAACAUGGUGCCUUUCCCUCGUCUGCAUUUCUUCAUCCCUGGAUUCGCUCCACUAACAUCCCGCGGCAGUCAGCAAUACCGUGCCUUGACUGUCCCAGAAUUGACGCAACAGAUGUUUGAUGCAAAGAACAUGAUGGCUGCGUGUGACCCUCGCCACGGCAGAUACUUGACCGUUGCUGCUGUUUUCAGAGGAAGAAUGUCAAUGAAGGAAGUAGAUGAGCAGAUGAUGAAUAUCCAGAAUAAGAACUCUUCGUACUUCGUCGAAUGGAUUCCCAAUAAUGUGAAGACAGCCGUUUGUGACAUUCCGCCUCGAGGUUUGAAGAUGUCUGCCACUUUUAUUGGCAACUCCACUGCUAUCCAGGAGUUGUUCAAACGUAUUUCAGAGCAGUUCACUGCUAUGUUUAGACGUAAAGCAUUCUUGCACUGGUAUACUGGCGAGGGAAUGGACGAGAUGGAAUUCACUGAGGCGGAGAGUAAUAUGAACGACUUGGUGUCCGAGUACCAGCAGUACCAAGAUGCUACUGCCGAAGAGGAAGGAGAGUUUGAUGAGGAGGAAGAGGGUGGCGAUGAGGGCGACUAGAUUAUUUUUUGUUAAGAUUAUAUAUUAUGCUUUUUUAGAUUUGUUUUAUUACAUUUUACGAUGUGGUAA